AUGCCUUACCACCCGCAACGCUCCUACAACGGUGGCGAUCCGAACGAGAAUUACAAUAACCAUGGCUCCCAGCAGAGCUCCUUUCCUUCCAACUACCAAUACGAGCUGCCUUCGUCCGCGCCGUUUCAGCCUCACGGUUUCCACCCGGCGGCCCACCCGGAUAGCGCAUACAGCAGGCUAAGGGACCAGAGGCACCAGGGCCACGAACACUCGCCAGCUUCGCAGCCUUUCUCGCAGCACGCCCAACGCCCGCAUCCCACUCUCCAACCCGUGCGAUCGCAGACCACGCGCACUGAUUCCACCGUGUCUCCUGGAGCCGACAACCUGGGUCCUCUCUCUGCCGGCGGCGGCAUUACCGGUAUCGCGGCGGGCAUAGCCAGCACCCACGAGCGGCAGAGUGGGCUUCAGGCGAUCAGAGGCAACCCUGACAAUACACACCACUACGGCCACCAUCCUCAUUCAGACGCGCAGUACUACGCUUCGAACCCGGACCUUGUCGCUAUGGAUGCAUCGUCGAUGUCAAGGACACCCGGGUCCUAUUCGUCCAAUGUUCCACUCAGCCGUGCGACCGAUGGGAGCGGCAACAACAACAACAACAUCCACAGCUCCCAGUUUAACCCUCACUACGACGGACUCAACAAUGGUCCCUACAGCCAGCAACGCACCUCGUGGUCGCCGAUGAACGAGCCUAUCAACCCGAACGAUAUUGUCGAUGACGGCGACGAUGGUUUCAUCCCAAACCCGAAGCGAAAAUCAGUCCUUAGCGCUCUUGGAAAAAGUAGCAGUCAUCAAAGCUUGGCUGGAGGCGCUGGAGCGGCUGGUGCCGGUGCGGCUGUCGGUGGUGCAGCAGGUACCAUCGGCGGUCGCGUGAACGGUCAAACAAGCAGCAGUCCCGACGGUGGUCCAUCCUACGAUGCUCUUCCCGGUGAAAAGAGUGAGUGGUUGGUCGAGCAAAGAGCAAGCAAGAAGAAGUUGAAGUGGAUUGUUGGUAUCAUCAUUGCCAUUCUCGUCCUGGGAGGCAUCGCUGGUGGAGUUGCUGGAGGGCUAUUGCCAUCAAGGAACCGUUCAAACUCCUCCUCGUCCGGGGGAGGCGGUGGACAGUCGGCAGAUGACGACUCCAGGAUCAACGGGGACCUCAACAAAGAUUCUCAGGAGAUCAAGGAUCUUAUGAAUAACCCUAAUCUGCACAGGGUCUUCCCUGGAAUGGACUACACUCCCUGGGGCACACAGUACCCUUUGUGUCUGAAGUAUCCCCCCAGCCAGAACAACGUUACUCGGGAUAUGGCAGUCCUCUCGCAGCUCACAAACACUGUGAGACUCUACGGCACGGACUGCAACCAGACGGAGAUGGUCCUACAUGCGAUCGAUAAGCUGGAGCUGAAAGACAUGAAACUCUGGGUGGGUGUGUGGAUCGACAACGAAAACAAAACGACCAACGACCGUCAGCUGGAACAAAUGUACGAUAUCCUCAAAUCGACAGCGGAUAAAUCGGUAUUCAAGGGAGUGAUCGUUGGUAAUGAAGUCUUGUUCCGCGGUCACCGGUCCCCUGCCACACUGCAGAUGUUGAGCGACUACCUUGAAGAUGUCAAAUCCAAGCUCAAAGACAUGAACAUCGACCUGCCAGUUACAACUUCGGACUUGGGUGAUGCUUGGACUGCAGGGCUCGCUAGGGUUGUCGACGUUGUCAUGUCCAAUAUUCAUCCUUUCUUUGGUGGCGUCCCCGUCGAUGAGGCCGCCGAUUGGACGUAUGAGUUUUGGGACAACAAAGACUCUACCCUGUCCCGAGGGCCUAACACGAAAAAGCUGAUCUCCGAAGUCGGUUGGCCUAGCGGUGGUGGGAGCAACUGUGGGAAUUCCCAGUGUUCCAGCUCCAAUUCUGGGGCGGUUGCUGGUAUCAAGGAGUUGAACAAGUUUAUGGAAGACUGGGUCUGCCCUGCCCUGGAAAAGGGCACGGAUUAUUUCUGGUUUGAAGCAUUCGACGAGCCUUGGAAAGAACAAUACAAUGAGCCGGGCAAAGAGUGGGAAGACAAAUGGGGUCUCAUGGACCCUGGAAGAAACCUCAAACCCGGGAUUAAGAUCCCAAGUUGCGGCGGGAAAACCAUAUAA